AUGGAUUAUAAAUGUGUUAAAAAUUAUUUGGAAAUCAUUUCGGUGAAGGAAGACCAGUCUUCAGCAAGCAACGCAAAAUUAUACGUAAUGCUAACAAAGUUUACCCUCGACUGCAACUUAAGAUGCAUUCGGCACUCUCUAUGGCGUGAUGGUCUAAUGGUUAAGAGCGUCGGAGUCGGAAAUUUUUGCGGGAGUCGAAUUUUUGGAGUGGCAGGAGUCGGAGUCGGAUAUUUUUCAUCCGACUUUGACGCAUUGAAAAAAUCUCAACGUUUAUUUGUACAGGAAUAUUUUUCUUGGGGUGCACCCCCUGACGAACGCUUUCGGUGCUGUUUCAUGAACUGGAUGUGCAAUAACUCUGAUUGGAACUUGGAACUAGUCAUCGUGAAGUCCUUGUUUCACUUGUUGAAUAUCACAACAUUUCAACUGCUAAAAAGUGAUAAAGAAUGGGUUUAG